AAGAGCCCUGGGAGCCAUUGUUUUCAGUGAUGAGGCAAAAAUGCAAACCCUAAAUGGUCUAGUUUGGCCAGAAAUUGCCAGGAUGGCCACAGAGGAGAUCAGACAGUAUGGCAAAGAGGGUAAGACAAUCGUGGUAUUAGAGGCAGCCAUUCUACUGAAGGCAGGCUGGGAGACCAUGUGUCAUGAAGUUUGGGGGUGUGUCAUUCCUUUAGCAGAGGCCGUCAAAAGACUGGAGGACAGGAAUCACUUAUCGGAGGAGGAGGCUGUGAAAAGAAUAAAACUGGGAGUCACUAACGAGGAACUCGUCAACAAGUGUAACGUCAUCCUGUGUUCACAGUGGGAAUACGAGUACACUCAACAACAGGUUGAGAAAGCCUGGCAACUACUUCAGGAUAGACUCCCAUCUCCUGUUAAGUCUCAGUACUGAAAGUCAUUCCACCGAAGGGCAACAUUAAAAAAAUAAUUCAAACAAAUCAUUUCUUCUGACAUUAACGUAAAACCAACUUUUACACGCAGGCAACUACACAUGUAUAUCCGCCAGUUUGAAGAACUCUUUUGCAGUCAUAAAUGGAUUCCAAAUUGAAGAAUCGCAAAUGGAAGAUGUCAAAAAUUACUAUAGUUGGUUUUCAAUAUAUAUAGAUAAUAUAACUUCCAUUAAACUUCAAAUCAGAAUGGACAGUUACUAGCCAAAUAAGAUUUGGUGAGGAAAUAUAGUUAGAUGAUCAUAUAAUGAAAUUAAGGCAGUAUUUUUAUACUUUUGUAUGUUGUGAAAUUGUGUUGAAAAAGAUGAGAUAAUUCUACUCAGGAAGUUAACUCUACCAAGGGGAGAUAAUGCUGUUAAGUAAACAAAGAUAACUUUGCUAGGGGAGUUAACUUUAGCAGAAUAAUUGAACUUUAAUAAAUCAAUGUUUUGUAACUUAACAAAUAUUCCAAUAUCAUUGACUUUGUAUAAAUUCUGCUGUGCAUUCA